UGUGGACACGAUAGCAUGGUUGAUUCGGUCCGUUAUGCCGUUGUGCACAACUUGGAUGCAACCACCCAUCGUGUUGAUUACUUCGAGGAGUUGCAGGUUUGGGCGUAAGCAAAUACAUUUUUCCUAUAGUAAAGUAUACAGGGUUUCUACUUUGCCCUCUAAAAUUUUGCAUCUUAGGGGUACAUAUGGAACCAUUCUGGUUGGAGACGAACUGUAAGACUGGUACUGCGCCGCCGUUAGUCUACUUUUUUUGG